AUGAAUAAAUUAAUAAGCAGAAAAUUAUUUCAAGUAUAUGCGACAAGCAAGAAGCAUUAUCAAGUGACCGUAGUCGGCGGUGCGAGCGAUAUUGGACAAACACUAUGUUUACUGCUCCGAGCUGAACCUGCCAUCACCAAGCUCGUGGUGCACGACACCCGAGGACAAACACCCGGCGUUGUGUUGGAUUUAUCGCACAUACCUACUGAGGCUAACCUACAAGGAUAUACUGGCGAAGAUACUCUGGAUAGAGCUCUCAAAAAUGCUCACAUUGUUAUAGGCGCAGGAGGACUCAUCCGUAAGCCAGGUAUAACUGAAAAACUAUGGUUGUCAGCAAAUACAUCUUUUGUAAAAACGUUAGCAACGAAAGUAGCCAAAUUAGAACCGAUGCCUUUUCUGGGUAUCGUGACAGAGCCAAUUAACAGUGUUAUUCCAAUGGCUGCCGAGGUCUUACGAAACCAUGGAGAAUAUGACCCGCGAAAAUUAUUCGGUAUAACUGGCAUAGACGCGCUACGUGCUCAGACACUAUAUGCGGCUCAAAAUAACUUUAACCCUCGCAACUGCAUGGUACCUGUGAUCGGCGGGCAUUCUGACAAAACUGCCAUCCCUCUUCUUUCACAAAGUCAACCCGAUUCAGCGUUCGACGCUAAAAUGUCACAAGAGUUCACUUUGAAGUUCCGAAAGACAGACGACAGGAUAUUAAGGGCUAAGAGAGGAUUUUCACCAAUUCUGUCGGUUGCAUUCAGCGCACUGCUGUUCACUCGAAGCGUGCUGGAUGCGUUAGACGGCCGACCAGCGAGAGUGAACGCCUUCAUAGAGAACAACGACUUUGGUACUUCAUACUUCGGCGGUCUGGUACAUAUUAACCACGUGGGAGUUAAAGAGAUGCAGAGGUAUACAUCUCUCACGCAGUACGAAUGCCAGUUGCUGGAACGUAGCUUUGACGAGUUACGCAGAGAUGUGUUAAAAGGGAAAAAAGUAUUAGAAUUAGCCUAAAAAAAUAAAUUCAUAGAAUACUGAACUAUCCAGGUUGUUUGUUGAACUGCAUAAAUGAGUAUCAUGUGACAUAUCGUCUCACCCGUUUCAAU